ACGGCAAAGCUCCCCAUUUCUCUUUCUGCAACGAAGAGAACUUCAGUGGCGUCUGAACCUCCGACGAAGACAAGUUGGUUGGUUGCUGGACGGAGCUAGAUCUGCUCGCUCGCAUGAUUUAGGAGCUGGAUCUAUUCAUUCCUGGCGAUUUUUCAUCGAUCGCGCGUGCAAUUGUUCCUCGAAUUUGUGCGAGGUAUUGGUGAAUUGAUGUGAAUGUGCUAAUACAACUUGUUCUGGAGGUCCAUUAUGGGAGCCUUAGAGGGGCUUUGGCGGAGAUAUGGAUGUAUCAUGGAUGAAGCAUGUAUGAACAAUGAAUUUGCUUAUUGAUAUGUCAUAGGCGUACCUUGGGUGUCAAUAUGAGCCAGAUUCCAAACAGCAUGGAUCUCUUUGAUGUGUAUUUCCGGAAGGCAGAUUUGGAUGGAGAUGGCAGGAUUAGUGGAGCUGAAGCUGUUGCCUUUUUUCAGGGCUCAAAUUUGCCAAAGAAUGUCCUUGCUCAGGUAUGGAUGCAUGCGGAUCAAAAUCGAGUUGGAUUCCUUGGUCGAGCAGAGUUUAAUAAUGCACUUAAGCUUGUUACUGUGGCACAAAGUAAGCGUGAACUGACCCCAGAUAUUGUGAAGGCAGCAUUAUAUGGUCCUGCUGCAGCUAAAAUUCCUGCUCCCCAAAUAAAUCUUGCGGCUACCUCUGCUGUGCAGUCAAAUUCUAAGGCAGCAGCACCUGUCACACAGUUGGGCAGUACUACACCAGCAGCAUCUCAAAACGUUGCCAUCAGGGCCCCUCAGGUGCCUGCAAGCACAACAAUGAAUCAGCAGCAUAUCUCAUCUCCACAAAGUCAGUUUGUGAGGCCACCUCAAGGCAUGUCUCUUGGUAUGGCUUCACAUUUGCAGCAGGGUAAUGCCAGCCAAGGAAAUCCGGGGGGAGGUAAUAUGGUAGCCCCUAGUUUGCUUAAUUCAACCACCUCUGCUGAUUGGCUUAGUGGAAGGACUGGUGGGCCUCAAGUGGGAGUAGCUUCACAAAAUCUCAACACAGGGAAUAGUCUUUCCACCACUCAGGAUGAAUUUGAGCUGGCACCAACAGGCUCGACUCCAUCUUUACAGCGGAAAUCACUAGCAACCACAGGGUCAACAACCUCUGGUGCACCAAAGCCACAAGAUUUAGUGCCAUCGUACAAGGUGGCAACUAAAGAUUCUAAUGCAUCAGUAAUUUCAGGAAAUGGGCUUGUGCCUGAUGCAAUUUCUGGGGAUGUGUUUUCCACAGCCCUCUCUCAUCCAAAGGUGGACGACUCUGCUCUAUUUUCUGCAGGUAGCUUAACUGCGUCAUCAGCCUUUGUUCCAGUAUCUGCUGGGCCCCAACCUUCUGUUAAGCCAAGCACGGUGGAAUCUUUGAGGAGUGCAUACACUGCUCAGCCAACUACAAAACAGAAUCAGCAUAUUCCACCUCAAAGUACUAGUGCAUUUGCAUCAACUGGGUUUCCCUUAACCAGGGAUCCUUCUUCUGCCCAAUCUCAUGUUACAUGGCCAAAAAUGACUCAAUCUGAUGUUCAGAAGUAUACCAAAGUAUUUGUGCAAGUAGACACAGACAGAGAUGGGAAAAUAAUGGGUGAACAGGCACGCAAUCUGUUUUUAAGUUGGAGGCUGCCCAGAGAGGUUUUAAAGCAGGUGUGGGACUUAUGUGAUCAAGAUAAUGACAGCAUGCUUUCUUUGAGAGAGUUUUGUUUUGCACUCUAUUUGAUGGAACGAUACCGGGAGGGCCGCCCUCUUCCUACCACACUUCCAAACAGUGUCAUGUUUGAUGAGACCCUGAUGCGCACCACAGGUCAAUCUACAGCUGCAUAUGGCAAUGCAAUUUUGGGAUCCACUCCUGGUUUGCAACAACUGCCAGGGACAACUGUUGCAAGAUCAGCAACACAUACUGCUGCAGCGAGGCCACCAAGGCAAAUUUCCAUUCCACCAGCUGAUGAAGUUGUGCAGCCCAGUCAGCAAAAAUCUAGAGUUCCUGUGUUGGAGAAGCACCUUGUGGAUCAACUUAGUAAAGAGGAGCAGAAUUCGCUGAACUCAAAAUUCCAAGAGGCUACUGAGGCAGACAAAAAGGUAAAAGAAUUAGAAAAGGAGAUAUUAGAUUCUAAAGAGAAGAAUGAGUUCUAUCGCACCAAGAUGCAGGAACUUAUUCUAUACAAGAGCAGAUGUGACAAUCGUCUUAAUGAGAUAAUGGAAAGGACGUCUGCUGAUAAACGUGAGGUUGAGUUGCUGAUGAAGAAAUAUGAAGAAAAGUACAAACAGGUUGGAGAUGUAGCCUCCAGACUAACAAUUGAUGAGGCUACAUUUCGUGAUAUUCAGGAGAAAAAAAUGGAGUUAUAUCAGGCAAUUGUCAAAAUGGAACAAGAAGGGAGUGCUGAUGAUGCUCUUCAGCUUUCUGCUCAUCGUAUACAGUCAGAUCUUGAGGAGCUAGUGAGAGCUUUGAGCGAACGCUGCAAAACAUAUGGGCUACGUGUCAAACCAACUACUCUGGUUGAGAUUCCCUUUGGUUGGCAACCUGGCAUCCAAGAAGGAGCAGCCGAUUGGGAUGAAGAUUGGGACAAGUUAGAAGAUGAAGGAUUCACAUUUGUCAAGGAGCUCACUCUUGAUGUGCAAAAUGUCAUAGCCCCGCCAAAAGCAAAGUCUUCUUUAGUUCAGAAAGGAAUGAGCUCUGCAGAUGAGGGUUCAAUUGCUUCCUUAAAUACUGACAUUAAGUCAAAGAAGCUACCAAGUACCGGUGAACGGGUGCCUGAGGAUGAAUCUGCAGGCGCCGUAGGCAAGGACAGCUUGGCAAGAAGUCCACCUGACAGUCCAGCUGUAAGGAGCCCUUCAUUAGAAUUCCAAGAUUCCCAAUCUGUAAAGAGCAUUGGAGCAGAUGGUUCACCCCAUGUUAGAGACACCCAGAGUGAUCAUGGUGGUGCUGAAUCUGUGCUUUCUGGAGAAAAAGGUUUUGAUGAACCCAGCUGGGGUGCAUUUGACAGUCAUUUUGACACGGAUUCUGUAUGGGGUUUCAACCCUAAUGAUACAAAGGACAAUGAUCAUGACAGGCUUAGUGAAAGUUCAUUCUUUGGUCACGGUGACCUUGGCCUGAACCCAAUAAGAACAAACUCCCCUCGCAUGGACGACAUGUUCCUGAAGAAGAGCCCAUUUACUUUUGCAGAUUCUGUUCCAAGCACUCCCCUCUUCAAUUAUGGAAACUCUCCAUCAAAGUUCAGUGAAGUGUCAGAGGACCAGUCUUUCAAUAGCUUCUCAAGGUUUGAUACCUUCAGCAAGCAGGACAGUGGAUUUUUCCCACCCCAGGACUCCUUUUCAAGAUUUGAUUCGAUCCGCAGCUCUAGAGACUCCGAACAUGGCCAUGGAUUUCCUUCCUUUGAUGAUGCCGACCCGUUUGGCUCGACUGGGCUGUUCAAGACAUCGUUGGAGAGUGAAACUCCCAGGAAGAGAGAAUCUGAUAAGUGGGGAGUGUUUUAGUAAUGCAAUUUGGUGCUUUCGUCUCGUCGAAAUUUGAAAGCUGUUCUUUCUUUUGGGGUGAAAGGUUUGUUCAUUUAUUUAGUUGCAUGUGGUAUGUAGAGUUGGUGACUGAGGCUGGCAAGGUGUGGAUGUAGUCUCUGCUAAGUUUUGCAAAUCUUUUUUUUUUUUUUCUUCAUUUUGAUUUUUUAAGGGAAAACAUUUUUGGUGCUCAGUUUGUAUGUAUGUUUGUAUAUGUAUUAUUAUUAUUUUUUUUUUUGAAAGAAGAAAUAUCAUGCCUCGCUGCUUGUAGUUCGAAUGAAAA